UGUGAAGGGAUUGAAAAGAGCUCCACUGUGGCACCAGGAGGGCAGGCGUUGGCAGAGAUGGCUGGCAUGAUGACAGGUCUUCUCCUUUUGCUGUUGGCCGGUGUGACAGAGAGCAGAGUGGUGGAUCUGCAGAAGAGAAUCAUCGGAGGUGUCGAGUGCGCCAAAACUGACCGUCUGUACCAUGUGAAGCUGGUAAUAAGUAAUGGGAAUCAGGAGUACUUGUGUGGUGGAACUCUGAUCAAUAAGAAUUGGAUUCUGACUGCGGGUCACUGUGUGCAGAAGGGAGAGACGGUGACAGCAGUACUAGCUUUACAUCCAGGUUCCAAUAAAAAAGCUGUUGUUUUCAAACCGGAUCCUAAAAGAAUGAAAGAUAAAAAAGGGACCCAUGACAUCGCGCUGCUGAAGCUACCUCAUUCUGUGAAGGGAUUUCCUACAGCAACACUCCCCGAGUGUAGCAGCCGUCCUGCACUAGGUGAUACAGUUCAGGUUGCAGGUCAUGCCGCCACAACGGACGAUGAAGGUACAGGAGACCCGCCUCAGCCAGGCACUUUCCAAUGUGCAGACACCACGGUGGUCAAGUGUGAUUUCAAAAACUGUCCGUCUAAAGAGCAACGCAGUUACUAUAAUCCGGAUAUGGUCUUCUGUUACAAAAAAGAUGAAGUGGAUACAAGUCCCGGGGACUCUGGUGGAGGAGUGGUGUUCAACGGCAUGAUUUACGGAGUGCAUAUUGGUGGUGGUAAAUAUGCCUGUGAUACACCAGGAAUGGCUCUGGACAUCUGUCAAUACAAAAAAUGGAUCACUGAUGUUACUGAGUCAUUGUUUGGCAAAUUCUUUAAAGGGUGAGAGGUCGUGUUAUUUAGCAGACCUUCAGAUCUACUAAAACCCUCUGAUUGGCUCUAAAUUGGCUGAUGAUACAUUUACAAUAGGUUGGUUUACAUUAAAUAUCCAACUCUCAUUAGAAAAGCUCUUUAAGAUCAUUUCAAAAGGAAGCGUCUGAGUUAUAAAUGUUAGUUUAACUUUAUUGAUGCAAACUUUUGUUACGGUACAAAAUAAAGACGUAUCUUUUCCCCUUUUUGAAUUUAAACUUGGAUUUAAUUGUAGAAUAUAACCUUUAAUCAACAGAGAUUGCAGGAUAUGGUACAGAUAGUAUUUUAAAAACAACUCAAAUAUGAAGGUGUUUCUUUUGAACAGGCUGAUCUCAUGCUCUGCCGGCAGCUCUAAAGUAAUGCAUGUCAUUCGUAUGUUUCCCACCAAAUCAACUCCUUGUUGAAUGUUGUCAUUUAAAGUAAAUAAAGAGCCGUCUUCAUUAUUCA